AUGGGCCUGGCUGCACCUCGCAAGAGAACUAAAAUUUCCCAUGACCCCAACAAUACCACUUGGUCGCGAUCAACGGAUGGUUUUGGGCAUAGAAUCUUAAAAGCCCAAGGAUGGACCCCUGGUAGCUUCCUUGGCCCUCGGAACGCUGCACAUUCCGAUCUAUUCACUACUGCUAGCGCAUCUCAUAUCAGGGUCGUUUUGAAGGACGAUAAUUUAGGCCUGGGGGCCCGGCCGAAACGGGGUCUUCUGGACGAACCUACUGGCUUGGAUGCCUUCAAAGGAUUACUCGGCCGGCUUAAUGGCAAAUCCGAGACGCAACUUGUUGUAGAGCAGCAAAAGCGUGAUGAUAUCAAAUUGGCUCGCUAUGCCGCGGCGAAGUGGCAGGCUGUUAGAUUUGUCAGUGGUGGAUUACUCGUCCAAGAGUCGAACGAGACCCUUGUUCCUCCAACGUCUCAGAAUGGCCAAGCCGACUCCGAAGUGAAGAACGUCCCACAGGGACGUGAAGAAGGUCUGGCGGAUGACGAAACGACCAACAGCGACUCAGAAGAUCGGCAUAGCGUCGAAAAGAGGAAGAAAAAGGAAACGAAUUCCAGAGGUUCCCGUGAAAAGGAAAGAAAACGCGAAAAGAGACAAAUGAGAAGAGAUAAGAAACGGAAGACCAGUGAAUCUACAGAAUCCGAGGCCGAAAUGCAGGAGAAAACACGCGUGCAGGGACCAUCAGAAGAUGUGAAGCCGACAGAGCCCAAAGCUCCAACAUUAUCGAGGGAACGUCGACCCAUGGGAAGACAGAUGUUUAGAGGCCGUUAUAUUGCACAGAAGAAAAGAGCCCUCAUGGAUGAUAAAUCCCUUAAUGAGGUACAUAUCCCACCACGAAAUUCCUGGCUUCCUGCUUUAAGACUGACCGAACCAGAUAUUCAUGAUCAGUACAUAGUCUUUUUCUUUCAACCAGACAUAGCCGUUCCAAUGACUGUUAUGAUUAUCCAUAUAAAUUUAUAUCCAAUUGUAUGCUCCCGGCUUCCUGUUCUAUGA